CCUUCGCUCCAGCCCCCGAUCUUCCUCCUCCGGCCCUUCCGACCUCCGGGAAGGGAGACCCGCUGCUGCGGAGAGAUGAAGGACAGUGAAGCUGAAGAACAGAUGAGCAGCUGGCUCUUCAAACAGCUUAAACUCCAUUUGGACCAGGAAUGGAAAUACCAACCUCGGGAAAAGGGGCUGAGUUUGAUUGAGUGCACUACUGAGAAUGAAAACACCUUAUGUCCAAGACUGAGGAAUGCAAAAGUGGAGGAUCUCUGGAGUUUGAUCAACUUCUUUGGAUUUGCCACAGAAACCUUUGUCCUGGCUGUUAACAUUCUUGACAGGUUUUUGGCACUCAUGAAGGUGAAACCUAAGCAUUUAUCCUGCAUUGGAGUCUGUUGUUUUCAGCUGGCUGCUCAAGAGGUUGAGGAGGAAUGCAACAUCCCGUCUCUCCAUGAUGUAAUCCGGAUUAGCCAAUGCAAAUGCACUGUUUCUGACCUAAAGCGGAUGGAAAAAAUAAUAUCAGAAAAACUGCACUUUGACUUCAAAGCAACUACUGCCUUAACUUUUUUGCACUUAUACCAUACUAUUGUACUCUGCCAUACCUCAGAAAGGAAAGAGUUGUUGAAUCUCGACAAACUGGAAGCACAACUUAAAGCUUGUAACUGCCGACUUGUUUUUUCAAAAGCAAAACCAUCCAUUUUGGCCCUGUGCCUUCUCUCUCUGGAAGUGCAGACUCUGAAAUCCAUUGAGUUGUUUGAGAUUCUUCUAUUUGUUCAGAAGCACUCCAAGAUAAGUGACGGUGACUUACUGUAUUGGAGAGAGCUGGUCUCAAAAUGCUUAGCAGAUUAUGCUUCUCCUGCCUGCUGCAAGCCAGACCAUAAAAAACUAGUUUGGAUUGUUUCAAGACGCACUGCUCAGAAUCUUCAAAACAGUUACUAUAGCGUUCCUGAGUUGCCCACAAUCCCCGAGGCUGGAUGCUUUGAUGAAAGUGAGAGUGAGGACUCUUGUGAAGACAUGAGCUGCGGAGAAGAAAGUUUCAGCAGUUCCCCCCCAAGCGACGCAGAAGGCACCUUCUUUUUUGACCUCAAACCAAAAUCCAAGUGGCAGGCUCUCUCCUUUGAUUCUGUGUGCUAGUCUGAGCUCUUAAUGCAUCGUAGUAUUUUUAGGCAAUAAGUAUCUAAACCAGCCCUCUCCAACUAGGGUGGCUUCCAAGUGCAGGCUUCCACUCCCAGAAUCGCCAGCCGCCAUUGUCCUUGCUGAGCAUUCUGGGAGUUGGAAUCCACACAUCUGGAACGGGCUACAGUUGGGAAAAGCUGAUCUUAGCAUUCCUUGUACUUUGGUGCAAGAUCUCAUGGAGUACUCAAAUUACAUGUGCUUUUUACCUUUGUAUGAUGGUAAGUCUGAUGUGGCAUGAUGGAUCAAAUUAACCAUUUCAAACCUUGUUCAGUGAGAAACGUUCAUAGGAGCACAUAUUUGCCACCAGAUUACAGGAUAGCUUGAAAGCUUGCCAUGUGCUUGAAUGCUCUGCUGAAAUUAGGUUGAACCUUAGCGGUGACGCAUUUGGGGGAUAGAUGAAAUUGCAGAAACGUAUCUGAAUUUCUUUUUUGAACUAUUUUAAAUAUUUUUUUAUGUGUUCUUUUAAAUAAAGUAGUCCGGGAGAAGUCCUUCAGUUUCAGGAGACUUGUUUUAGUCAAGAAUACAGUAUUUGGGUAGAAGUAAACAAGCUGCCUUUUUAAAUGCAGAACCAAUCCACAUCAAGGUCCUAAAGCGUAUUUUAGCGUUAAGAUUUCUAAAGAUGAGCUUUCAGAUCCUCAAAUUAGGAAUGAAAUGUUUUUAGAAAACCUUAGUGUUAUCGUAAAAAAAGAAGCGUACUACUAAAAUUAGAAGCAUUGGAUUUCAUUGUAAAGGCCACAGUCCCUCCCGCAGCUUAUUUCAGUAUUUCUUUUAAGUCGUUAUAAGUAAAUCUAUAAUCAUUAAACUUUGCAUGCUUAAGUGAAAACGGUUAGUGGAAAGGCAAUUGAUUAUGGAGAAGUUUUGCUAAAUGUGAAGUUGAUAAAACGGUUGUAACGGCAUUUAAUUGCUUACCUUUUUUUCCCUUAAAGCACAGACUUUAUGGUUGCUUUACUUAGUUCCUUCAAAUGUAUGCAAAGUAAGCAAAAGAAGUCAUUUAGUCUGUAGUAAUAAUGUGAAAGCAACGCUGUGGUUGAAAUGAAGGGGCAAUAAAGUUAGGAUUCUUGCAUCGUGUGGCUUUCCUGUGUAGGCAGAAGUGAAUGGUGAUAAUGUGUGGCGUGAUCUGAUUUUUAUAAAGAAAAACGUUUACAAAAAUGUGUAAAAAUGUAAAUUAAAACCUGUAAAAAAAAAAACUUAAAAAACAAAAUAAGCUGAAAAAUAUUGUAUUUUUACAGUGUAUGUUACUUUCUAUAUGUUGCAUGUAGAUAUUAAUUUAUUAUACCUUGUAUAUGAUAUAAAUAGUGUAUAUGGAAGGCGGGGGGUUGGUACUACAAGACAGUGUGUCAGAAUGUUUUUUGAAAGCUAUUUUUGCUCAGAAAUAACUCAAGAUUAUCUCUCUGCUUCAGUUCAAUAAAACCAAAUGCUUUUUCC